AUGACAAACUAUACAAAGCGGGUUCUUGUUUCAGGUGGUGCUGGAUUUAUUGGAUUUAAUUUCCUUUCUCGAGAGGUCCGCAAGCACCCCGAAUACUACUUCAUAUGCGUUGACGUGUUGAACUACGCUAGCAACUACAAACUGCUCAAAUAUUUGGAGCGAUUUGAAAACUACAAGUUCGUCAAGCUAGACUUGAGCGAGGACGUGGAACCUCUACUUCAAUUGGCCAAGCAAUAUCAAGUGACUGACAUCAUAAACUUUGCUGCAGAGUCUUGUGUGGAUCGAUCAUUUGAUUCACCCGUCUUUUUCACCAAAAACAACAUUUUAACCACUCAAAAUUUACUCGAAUGUCACAGACUCCUUCAAAUACAUACUUUUAUUCAUAUUUCAACCGAUGAGGUGUAUGGAGAUGAAAUCAAAGAAGCUACUGAGAACUCACCUUUGAACCCAACCAACCCUUAUUCAGCUACCAAGGCGGCAAUCGACAUGAUUAUCAAUGCCUAUGUGAAAUCUUACAAGUUACCGGUGACAAUUUUGCGACCAAACAAUAUUUAUGGGCCAGGUCAGUAUCCAGAAAAGCUAAUCCCAUUGGUGAUUGAGUGUGGGAAGAAAAGCCGUUCUGUUCCAAUUCACGGGGAUGGAACUAACGAGAGGAGGUAUCUAUACAUAAGUGAUUUCUUGGAUGCUAUGGACAUACUAUGGCGCAAAAACGAAUGUGUUGGGAUCUACAACGUAGGGGGUGGAGAAGUAAUUGACAAUAACUCACUAGUCAGCGUGAUCAAUAAAGUGUUUGGAUAUUCAACUGAAAUUGAAUAUGUAAAAGACAGAAACUACAACGAUAUAGAUUACUCCAUCGAUACAUCAAAGUUGCGCAAGCUUGGUUGGAGGCAAAAAGUGACAUUACAUGAAGGGUUAAAAGCUAUGAAAAAUAUAGAUUAUGUCAAUUUAUAG